CAUUACUUGUUUUACUAUCGAUAAGUGAACUACAUUAAGUUGGAAUUUUAUUGCAAAAGUGAUGGUUCAGUUUAAUUUUAUAUGUCUAUUUCUCGCAACUCUUUACACUCCUCAAAUUCUUGCAAGUUAUGCAGUUCCUGGUUUAAAUGAAAUACAAGACACAAUAAAAUUGUACCUGCCUGAAGGUGUCUUGUUGCCCGAACUGAACAAUUCAAAAAUUGAAGAUGCAAUCAAAAAAGUGACUGAUUUGCUCAAACAAAAAUGUUUUGAAGUUUCUAGAAAUGACAGUGCCUAUGAUGAAGCAUAUAACGCAACCUCCACAUUCAGUGAAUGCAUCCAAAAUACUGUCGAUUUUAGCAACAUUGGAGACGAAAUUGAAAAGGCAAAGCCAACAGGAAACUUGGACAUCGUUUUUGGAAAAUAUUGCAGUAAACGAGAGCCAGCUUUGAUUUGCCUUGAAGCAUUAUCAAAUGCAACAGAUCCAUGCCUCACAAAUGAUGAAAAAUCUCACAAAAACGCAGCUGUUGGGAUGAUUAGAAGAUUGCUAGAAUUUGUGUGUCAUCACAAUGGAAAUCAAAUUGCUCUUUUUAUAGCUGAGCGAGGUCCUGAAUGUAUUGAUUUAAAGAAGAAUCAUUUAUUGACUUGCUUCAAUCAGACGUACGGAAAAUUAAUCACAAAUGAGCUGCCAGCAGUUGAAGAUAUUGAAUUCACAAUUUCACAAGAAAAUUGCAUAGAUUUAAAAAAGUUUGAGGACUGCGUCAUUGGUGAAUUGGAAGGAUGUGAAGAAAGUACUUCAGCGAAUCUUGCUGAAGCAUUAUUUAAAUAUGUCAAAAAAGAGACAAUAUGCAGGAAUCCGAACACGAAAUCGUCAUCAGAAUUUCCGUUAUUGUCUGUAAAUUUACUCAUCUUGUGCUUAUUUAUGAGUUCAUUUAAAUGAUCAUUAAAUAGAAAUGUGUGUCAAUUUAGAGUUAUACUUCACAAUUGCUUACAAUUUGAAAAUUUAAAAGUAUUACAUUUAUUUCUAUAGAACAAAUUAGUCAUCAAUGUAUUACAUUUUAAGCAAAUUUGGGUUUAGACAUUCAAAGGUGGAAUCGUCGAAAAUGUUUUCUCUUGCAAAUUUAAGACUUGGUCGUUCACAAUUUUUUUUGUAUAUAAAGGAGCUGAAAAUUUUAUUAAUACAUGAUAUUAUUCUUGAAUUACAUCUGGUUAGGGUGACCAUCUGCGUAGUUUUACAACGGACAGCCCUGUAUUUCAAAACCCUGUCCUGUAUAAAUUUGAAAACUUUGUUCCAGGUCCUGUAUUUUUUUCACGAAAAUUUCCGUUAAUUUUCGAAUUUUACUCUAUGUCCUGUAUUUUUCGAAAAAAUUUACCAAAAGUCCUGUAUUUUCAUGAAAAUUAGAUGGUAACCCUACAUCUGGU